AUGACACUCGGGUUCAUUGUGCCAGUUCCUAGAACGCAACGCUGGGCUGCGCACUCAAUCUGGUUGGGAGCGACUGACAGAGUGCCUCAUCCACGAAGUGCGGUGGCUGCAGGGAACGCUAUCGUGCGGCGUACUCGACUCGUUGGAGCUGGGGCGCAACCGCAGCGGCUGAAGCGCGGAACGCUGGCUAGUUUGCGCAGUGUACACGGCGGGAGCGGGCACGUAUGGGACAAUGUGUCGUGUGCAAACUCUGGCAGCACGGAAUCCGGAGACUUGACACGCAACCGUUUUGCCGUUCACAGGAGGCUGGGGUCGUCCGAGUGGCGUCGCACCUGGAGCGAGCGACUGGCUGGAGCGCGUCGUUUUCUGGUGGAACGUGCUCGGACGACGCUGCGGCGCUCGCCGCAACUCCUUCGCGAGACUCGACAGCAGGUGCAACGAGGGGCAGUCUGGUGCGAGCAGCGGCUUCGGCUGCUUGCCGCAAACAUGCUCAAAUAUCUCGAGUGGAUGUCGAAACUUCGGCAGCGCCGCAGGGCUCGUUCGCCUUCUGCCGAAUGGGGUCUCGUACUGGAGGCAGGCUGGGCGCGCCGCGGUUUCGGCUCUCCAGCGAGUCGGGCAGUGGAAAUCUGGUCGUUUGCGCUUCAUCAGGUGUGGAUGGAAUUGCGUCUGCGUCGAGUUCAGGAUUCGAAGCAACGCGCUGCGCUGCGCCGCCGGAACGCCCGCGCGCUCAAGGAGGGCCUCCUCCGUCUCGGACCGACGUUCAUCAAGCUUGGACAACUCGCGAGCACGCGCGUGGACCUCUUCCCCCGUGAGUAUAUCGAAGAGCUUGUCUCAUUGCAGGAUCGCGUUCCACCGUUCAACAUUCGCGUUGUGCGCCAGAUCAUCAGGGAGGACCUCGGUCGCGACAUCGAGGAGCUCUUUGAUACGUUCGAAGAGGAGCCCAUGGCGGCCGCAUCGCUCGGCCAAGUGCACAAAGCGCGCAUCAACGGACAAGACGUGGCUGUGAAGGUACAACGCGCCGGACUCCGGGAGCUUUUUGAUGUGGAUCUGAAGAACUUGCGUCUGCUCGCGCAGAUGCUAGACUGGCUGGAUCCGAAGACAGACGGCGCCUCACGAAACUGGGUGGAAAUCUACAAUGAGUCGGCGCGGCUGCUCUACGAGGAGAUUGACUACGAAAACGAAGCACAGAAUGCGCGAGAGUUUGCAGACAACUUUGAGCGAUCCACUCGGGCGUUCGGGGGCGCAAAUGAUUGGGUGCGCGUCCCCAGAAUUCUCGAUGCCUACACGUCCAAGCGAGUGCUGGUCAUGGAGUACGUGAAAGGCACCAAAAUCAGCGCCGUGGAGGCGCUCGACGCCCUCGGUCUCGAUCGAAAGCUACUUGCAGAGCGACUCGGGCGUUUCUUCCUGGAACAAACGCUGCGGCAUGGUUUUAUUCACUGUGAUCCGCAUCCGGGAAACAUCGCAGUAGACGAAGAAGGCAGGUUGCUGGUCUAUGAUUUCGGCAUGUGCCAGCGCCUGACUGCCAAAGUGCGCCGGGCCGUCGUGAACCUUGUCUUCGCGACCUACGAGAACGAUGUUGCAGCCUUUGUGGAUGCGCUGGCGGAAAUGGGUGUCCUGAAACAAACCGCUGACAGGCUUACCGUAUACCGCAUCGCCCGGUACUUCCUCAAAGCGUUCCGGGAACGCCUCGACGGCACUGCCGUGCAACUGGGCGGCGUCGCGGGUGCAGAGGCCACUGGCGAACAGCCGCCAGCACCAGAGACGACAACAAAUCCGUUACCGAGUCUGCCAGUGGUGGACAGGAAGCUUGCACGCCAAAUGACGCUAGAGAAGAGGCUCUCGGCAAUCGGAGAGGAGCUGCUAGCAGUGGCCGACGAUCAGCCGUUCCAGUUUCCGGCAGUCUUUACCUUCGUUUUCCGUGCAUUGACCUCCAUCGACGGUGCAGCCAAGGCACUGGACCCCGCCUUCGAUAUCACACGUCUCACCAAGCCGUACCUGCGUGAUCUCAUCGACCUCCGCGAUGGAUCCAUAGCAAAGACCGCGUUGAAAACCGCCACCAAAGCGCUGGGUUGGCGCAAAGAGGACCUCGCCAGCGUCGUCACGCAGCCCCGAAAAGUCGCCUAUAUCGAAUCGGUACUGCGGAAGAUAGAGACGGGCGACCUCAAGAUUCGCGUGAGAACGCUGGAAAUCGAGCGCUCUUUCAAACUGCUCAGCGUCAUGGUCGAAAUUUUAGGUCACGGCAUGCUCGCAAGCAUCUUCAUGAACAUGGCACUCGCCGGGGUCUUCGCAUCUGCCUGUUACCUUGGAGCAGCAGUGUGCGGUGUGCGCGCACUCGUCGGUUUUCUCAACUUGCGCAUCAUCCAACAACGACAGGCAAAGUACGCUCGUGGCGGGAAUUAA